CACGGCACGUGGUAAGAUUCGUGAGAGAUUCCAGACAGCACUAUUUCCCGUAACUUCGGAGGGGCGUGGUGUACCUAUGGAGCCGCUUUAAUAGUUUACACCCUUACAAUCACUCCCAGACUUUGGCUUGUGGAUGACUGACUCAGGACGAGAGGAAGUACUGUAACUCGUUUUCGGAAGUUUUAAGGAGAUUUGAAAAAAAGCAAGGCGACAUUUCCUUCCUCGUUCCCCCUUGAAGACAGACGCGUUUGGACUCUACCGAUUUACCGCAAUAAGGUGGGCUUGCCCCGAGUUUGAAUUGACACACGCGAUACUGAAGAUAUCAGUGAACUGGUGAGAGCUGAAGACUUUUUAACCACAGCUGGGUUUAAUUUUCUUCAUAUUUUUAAACAGACACAAUGUACCGAAACUUUGGGAGUCAAGGGAGAGGCAACCCGGUGUACACAGGCACUGUCUCCGGAUCAAACUCUACAUCGCAGGGAAGCAGCAGCUCCUCCACAACGCAACAGGAGCAGGUAGGUGUUCUCACUUUAAACUGGGUCAAUUAGGUUACAGGUUAUCCUCAACAGGCAGGUUCAGAUUUUAAGUUAUGAAUGUCAAAUGAAAAAAUUAAAAAAUUCUGAAUGACAAACAGCUGGUAGAGCUUUAAAAAUAUGUUUUAAAAUGCAUUUUAUUCCUUAUUCUGAUUACUAUAUGGUACUUGGUUAAAAUAAAAAAGUCAACAUAUAUUAACAUAGCUGCAAUAACUAUGAGUUAAAGUUAAUCAGUACUUUCUAAGAACUUUGUGUCAUUGACUGCUAGUUGCUGUACACUUCUUAUGGCAUUUUAUUCCUGAUCAUAUCUAUUGAUGUUAGACUAUUACUGAUGCCUUUUUCCAUAACUGCUCUAUAACCUAAGGGUGGAAAUCCCACAGUAUGUCAUGAUACAAAAUAAUAUGUUGCCCACAACCAAAAUAAUAUCAUGAUACAGCAACAGCUGAUGAUAUAAUGACUGUUAAAAACAAAUCAGGAUAACGAGAGGGGGGUGUAUUGAUGUUUAUUCCAUCCCUACUCUGAUUUUCUGAAAUACUUAAUAUGUUUUUUCCCCCCAGAAGUUUACAAUGGCUGGAAGUAGCCAGUUCGUACCAAGCCUCAAUGCCAUCACAACUAACCAGGACCUUCAGUGGCUGGUCCAGCCCUCCCUAAUGCAUCCACCAGGCCCUUCAAGAUCACCAGCACCACCCUACCCAACCCUGUCAGGGGUUCGACCAUUGGGUCAUCUACCUUCACAUUCACAUCUCCUCAGACCAGGGGUCAUCAGAGCAGCCGCAAAUACUACGGCUUCCACAAGGCGAAGGAACGAUGACCAUGUAAGACAGCAAUCUAUUAACAACCUAACCUUCAUUUUGAUACAACAUUUAGAAACAUCUCCUUAAGAUACAUUGAUGAUACUUUUUUAGUUGUAUGUCAAAAUUUUGGAAAAUGUGAGCUGGUAGAAACUAAAAGAAGCUUAAUCGGGAUCCAUAGUUUCCGUAGAAUAGUUGCUGAUCGUAAGGUGUGGACACUAGGUCAGUCAUUUUUGUGUAACUAGUGUGUAAUACUCUGUAACAUCCUCUGAAUCAACUGUGCAAUUUCCUCCUGACUGACACAACCUCAGCAACCAUUAAGAAAUAGGAUGAAUAAGAUUACUCAAAAGUGUUAUCAAACAUAUUACUUAAGUGUGUUUUCCAUUCAUAGGUAAUGAAAAAAAAAAAGAAAAUUGACCCUCCAUGAACAAGCACGUACUGUUUAUGUUCUUGGUUGGAGUUUACUUUGACUCAGUGUUGACUCAGUGAAAUGAUCACCUGUGACACAGUGUUUGCAAAAUCUGCUUUUUGUUAGCAGAGCAUUGUUACAUGUCAAACAAGAUAGCAGAGAUGUUAGAACGAGCCAAUUCAAGUCAACUCUGACCUUUAGAGCCCUCAUCACGUUCCUCAGUAUGAUUUCUCAGCAGGCACACGUUGGCACACAUCCCCGUCACAGUUUCAUUCUUGGAGUUGUAAUUUCAUGGUACAGGAAGUGGAGUGUCAUGUGACUCACAAGGGGCGAGUCAUUUGCAGUGACUCAUGUCUGAGUCACUACUUGGGGUCUGACUGUGACUCAUCAACUCAAAAGGGCGGGAAAUAUUGGAUCAACUGUAAUUAUUUAGGCAGGCAGUGGAUGAAGUCAGAGUUAGGGUGUUACAAAAGCUCAGACAUUUCAAAAGUAUUCAGCCGCCAUGACUGUAAUGACCUAGGGUACACACAUGGUGGUGGUAUUCCUCCUGUGUUGAGUUGCAUGUGCUGGACUCACAGCAUGACUCCCUGAACAUUUGAUACUAUUAGAAAUUAAAUUUGCCCUGAGAAAGACAGUUUCACUGUCAAGAUGAGGCUUUAGAGAAGUCAAAGUUUUGUAUUUGUCACUUUUGUAUCAAGGGUUAAACUUUUUUUUAAAAUAUUUUAAACAAUUUUAUUUCUCUGUUUCAUCAAAGUUGUCCCACGAAGAGAUGGAGAGACGUAGAGUGAGGAGAGAGAGGAAUAAACUGGCAGCAGCCAAAUGCCGCAAUCGCCGUCGGGAGCUGACUGACACACUGCAAACUGUGAGUGAGCAUUUCCAUAAUGUCAUUACAUUCAUGCUAAAUCACAAAGUGUUGGCCUCUGUCACGCAUUAGAUGGUUUUCAAAUGUGUUUUUCUCUUUUUUUCUUUCGGUGUAGGAAACUGACCAGCUGGAGGAUGAAAAGUCACGUUUACAGAAGGAAAUUGCUGAGCUACAAAAAGAGAAAGACAAGCUGGAGUUGGUGCUGGAGGCUCAUCGUCCCAUUUGCAAAAUAGAGGACUCUGAUUCUGAUUCUGACCCACCCUCUUCCAUCUCAACUUUUGGAGGCAUUAAGAUAGAACCCAAGGACUCCAGUAAACCUGGACCCUGGACCAAAAUGUCAGCAAAGAUGGAGAAGGCCAAGCCGAAGAUAACCAUCCCCAACAAGCCUGUAGCAUCAACCUCAUCUGCUGCUGUCACUGAAUCGGAAUCGCUCCACACCCCCGUCCUAACAUCCACUCCCUCUCUCACGCCCUUCACAGCCAGCAUGGUCUUCACUUAUCCCUCGGCUCCUCUGGACUCUGGCACCUCCUCCUCCUCUUCCUCCCAUGCUUCAUCACACCAGGGUACUGCCUCUCAGUCUCAAGCUCCUCAGCCCUGUGGGAUCGCUCAUCGCCGCAGCAGCAGCAGUGGGGAUCAAUCAGAUCACUCCCUGCACUCUCCAACCAUCCUCACCCUGUGAUUUACUGCUACAUUCACUCUGACAACAAUGGUAUAUGGAAAUAGUCAAAGUGUGUCCAAGAAGACACAUCCGAGGGAAAAGCUGUGGAGAUGAAAAUGAUUGUGAUAUCCAUUUCAAAAUUAACUGUGUGCAUCUGCUUCAUUUCAUCUUUUAGAAAAGUUGACUGUGUACGUAAACAUGAUACAAACUAGUGGCAUUAUUGAGACAUGAAUGUUACGCUCUUUGAGGUUUUAUGAAAACUCUUUAUGAUACUAAUUUUCAAAGCUAUUGAGAAAGUAUAUUGUUUGAGGUUUAUUAUGAAAGCACUGCAUGCUGAAAACUAUAAGACCUUACAGUGAGACAACUUUAUUAAUGUAUUGACAACUCAUCAUAAUGCUGAGUGAAAUAACUUUUUUGAUUACUAUGUCUUUUUAUGUAACACUUUUUAAAUGUUGGCACUAAGGGAAACUUUGAAACAAAUGGUCCUUAUUUUUGUAUUAAUCUUUUCAAAAUCCUAAAAUUGUCUAUGAAAACUAUUGACCACUAAGGCUGGACCAUAGGAGUUAAUACAGAUGAUAGAGUCAUGUAUUUAUUUUUGAGAAUUUAAUAUAUUUUUGGUAAUGUUUCAGUCAAGUGAACCAUGGGCAGUGCCUUAUUAUUACUUUCUGACAAAGCUGUACUACUCCACAGAAAAUAAAGGAAAAAUAUUCAUGGCUGUGUGACAGGUGUGGUUGUGUUGAACUACUGUUUAGAUUAAAACAAAACCAACAGAGGACGUGUUAGACUGACGUGCAUCUUCAAAACAUCAGAUUUAAUUGACAAAAUAUCAGUGAAAGUGUCCAAAUAACACAAAGACACUGGGAUAAAAUAACUGGCCAAAUGUAUGCAUUAAGACGUAUUCACUUCUCUGAUUUAUCGAUGAUUGAAGAUAUCCAGCAACUUUUUUUGUGUUUCAUUCUGCAAACUGUGUCAUAAUAUAUCAUAAUUUUCUAGUCUUUCACCCUUUAAAUAUUCAAACAUCACUCUAGGAAACACCCAGAAUAAUCGAUGAUGAAAAGGCCCAGGCUUUAACAAACACUCUUAAAGGAUUUGACGUUUGCUGUAUGUACAAAAAACUCACAACAGCCUUAUGCUCUCCAGCUGUGAACACUGAUCUCUGUUCUUCUAAAAUUUAAAGUAAAUCUUUUGCUAACACACAUGGCUCACAGAGCAUUAGACCGCUUCCCCAGAACCGGGGGAUAGAGAGAGAUAAAGAUGGAAUGAGAAUCAAAACAAGAGCUACAGAGCAUAAAAGAGAAAAAAUUCUGAGCAGAUGCUCCCGUCAAAGUAAGUCUGUGCCUCACUCUGUGGCUAAAAGCAUUACCGCCCUUUUUAACUCUCCAGACUGAGCAAAUAGGUUCCAAAAAUAAAACUGAUGAACAUCCAUAAAGUCAGUCUGUGUGACACGAGGGGAACAUCAAUCAAACAAAGUCAGUUUAGACGUGAAGGUCAAAAUGAUGAAUGCAGAAAUCAAUCUGCCAUUGUGUGCCAUGUGAAUGUAAACACUUGUUUUCUGCAAAGUCAAACACUCAAAAAAAGGUCUGUACACCACAGAGUGUCAUCAUACCUACUGUAUUUAAAGCUCUUCAAUGUACUACGAGCAUAGCCCACCAAUAAACAGCUAAGGACAAAGUAAAUCUUUACUAAUGCAUGUGCAUCUAUGUGUUUGAAACUGAAAUCUGUUAGUAAUGCUAGUUAAUACAGAUAAAUCAAGAUAAAGAAGGAUCAGAGUCAAGAUAAUCCCUAAUGUUACAGGGUAAAUACAAAGCAUGAGGUACAGCGGACAAAGCUGAUGGUUGCAGCUUUAAACAAACUGUGAUAUGCUGAUUCAACGACAAUGCCAUAAAAAAUCUAAUACAUGAAAAUUCAAACAGCUCUGCUCUAAUAGAAAUCAUUCAAACUUGUUGACCUUCCAGUUUGUUAAAAAGAGUUUCCAGUUUGAUUUUUAGAAAAGUGACAGAGCUUGCAGUUCAGCUCUGAGUGAGGUCCGAGGACAUCUUUCAUUCACAUCUGAUCCAAAACCGUCUCGAGUGUGCUGGCUCUGCCCCGGCUGUAGCACAUGUGCACUAUGCACCAGCAGCCCCACCCACAGUGAACCUGAAGGGGCCUCACAUCAGACUGCUAAAACAGGCCUGUACAAAGAGUGACAAUCUUCAUGCACAUAUGGCAACUCCAAUCCUGUCCUGAGGAAGAGAGUGCAUAAAAUAUUACACCUUAUCGGGCAUCUAGUAAAAAUAUCAAAUAGUUUCUUUUUUUAAUCUUUUUUUGAAUCUAUUUCAGUGCUGUUGUUUUUCAGUGGACUAAAUAUGGCUCAAACUGGAUUGAACUGAAUCUUUAGAUCUGUGAUUUUAAAGAUCCGUUAUAAUGUCGUCCAGUGCAAUAGAAAAUAGGCGUCUACCAGUGUAGGCUAGUCCAGUGCAUGAGAUAAAUUUAUAUACGUGACCCACUUUUUGGUCCCAUUUUUCUUCAACAACAGACCAAUGAAAAAGGAGAAUCUCCAAAAAAACACAAGAGUCGUUAGAAAAAACACUGUAAAAUUUUGUUACAUUAUAAUCCUGCAAACAUCUAUGAAUAUCUUUGUCAAGUCCUGAACAUGUCCAAGGUGGUAGAAUAUUUGUCAAGUAAAAACCUGGUGGCACACAGAUCAUUGCAGCAUUCAGGAGGCCCUUACUCUUUUGCUCUAUUGUAGCUGUAGUCUGACAAAGCUUGUCUCCAUUACAUCACAUUGACUCCAAAGGUUUCCAAUUCAAGUCGGACAAGCCUUGACUGCUGACCUGAACCUGCCAUCAGUCAUCAGGCGAGCAAACUAAGUGAAGCUGAUCAGGGCUUCCCACGCUGCCCGUGCUGGAGCUCCCAUCCCCAAGGUCCCGGGCCACCAUGCAUGGCAGGUUGAGCUCGGUGGAACCCCCCGGACUGGAGUCACUCCUGCUCACACACUCCUCCUCCAGGACCAGGCACAGCUCCUUCAGAUCCAGAUUCUCCUUCACAAGCCCGUCCUGCAUGCGCUCCAGGUCUGCGAGCUUCUUCAAGUAUCCACCCAGGUCCUCUCGCAUCACUUUGGCCGCGUGGUGCCCGAACAGCUGCCAUUCACGGGCCAGCUUCUUCACUUUGAGCCGGUCAUCGUCCAGGAAGCAGCAAAGGUCCCGCAGCUCCACGUUCUCCUCCUGCAGGCGCUGGUUGAUGACUUUCAGUUCCCUGAUUUCGAGGAGGUGUCCCUGCAGCUGUUUAUUUACCUCCUUUAUCAGGCGUCCUCGCUGAAUCAGAGCUGAGAUUUUAUCGGACUCCUCUUUACGCAACCGGCUCACCAGCUCCUCUUUGGAGCAGGCGAGCAAAUCUUCAUCUGAGAUCUUUGACAGUUCUCGAUUUAUGACCUCACCCUCGCUGCCCAUUUUCCUGUUUUUCUUUCAGUCCUUCACCUUCGGGGUACCUGAGAAUAUAUCAAAAGCGUUGAGAUGCAGAUUGGUGUUUCAGUGCAGAGGCUUCAUCAUAUCCUCGUCUUCUUUUGCAUCCAGUGUGUAUUUGAUGUCAUGUGUGCAAUCACGACAGCACCGGAGGCCAAAUCAUGGCAGAAACAUGGCAUGUGAUAUCUUAAUUUAGCUGAAUGUCCCCAGGAUGGUGUGACUUGUGUCCCUUUUGUGCCGGACCCACUGAUUGUUCUCGUGACGUGGAGACGUCUUACUAAGGUCGAGUAUGGAGAUGCACCACAAACCCCCGUUAAUGUCAAUCUGUCAUCCCCUCAGCAGCAGGCUGUGUUGUCCAAAGGCCUCGCACAACACAACUGUCCUUAUUUUACCUCCUCUCGUUGUAUUUUGAAGGUAACAGCCGCCUUGUGGGCUUUUCUUUGCCGUUUGUACAAAGGCCCCGUCGACCCACGGAGGUUUGAUCCAGCAGCCUUGGAUGCACACCCUGCAGAUGUUGUGUUUUUUACGUCGCUGGCAUCGCCUCAUCAGGCUGUGCUUCGCUCUCUCCUCGGCUGAAUGAACUCCGUUACGCUCAGGCUACAGGAUAACGAGUCCGCAGACAAAGCAGCAGCAGCAGCAGCUUCUGUAGUUUUUCCUCACAAACGAAACAUCCUCCAGGUUGAAAUGUAAAACAAAGAAAGAAUCGAUCUCGCCCUUUUAUCCGGUUAAAAUGAGAGCAUCAUCUCGGCUCAUCCCCUUGGUCUGGACUGCUACCACAACAAUGUCUGCCUCCCACACUUUCACGGCUCAGUCCGCUGAACAGCCAG